AGUUCGCAGUUCUAGCCCCGCCUCCCAAGCCGCUGGGCCAAUCCCCCUCCGCAGAGGACGACGUAAACCCGCAGGGGCGGUGCCCAGGAGGCCACGUGACCUCAGCAGCGCCAAAUGCCCGCAAUGGGCGUAGAGCCCCCCAACUUCUCGUGGGUGCUCCCUGGCCGGCUGGCGGGGCUGGCGCUGCCGCGGCUCCCCGCCCACUACCAGUUCCUGUGGGACCUGGGCGUGCGGCACUUGGUGUCCUUGACGGAGCGCAGGCCUCCCCACAGCGACAGCUGCCCGGGGCUCACCCUGCACCGGUUUCGCAUCCCAGACUUCUGCCCGCCGGCCCCGGACCAGAUCGACAGCUUCAUACAGCUAGUGGACGAGGCCAACGCUCGGAGAGAGGCAGUGGGAGUGCACUGUGCUCUGGGCUUUGGCCGCACCGGCACCAUGCUGGCUUGUUACCUGGUGAAGGAGUGGGGCCUGACUGCAGGAGACGCCAUCGCUGAAAUCAGGCGCCUUCGACCCGGCUCCAUUGAGACCUACGAUCAGGAGAAAGCGGUCUUCCAGUUCUACCAGCGAACCAAAUAAGGGGCCUCAGAGCCCUUCAGCCAGUCCCCCACUUUCCUGAGCUGUGUGGCAGAUGGGGCUAGAGCCCCGGAAGCGGACUGAAAGUGGAGGCCAGAGAACAACACUUCACCUGACAGUGAAGCCAAUGGCAACAGAAUUAUGAGCAACUCUAAAAUGCAGCCCAAGCGUGUAAGGCCAGGAAAAUGAAACUGAUUCUCAUGGGCACUUCUGAUUCAUAGCACACGAACGUCCUUGCCCAACAUAUUGAGGUGUGUAUGACUGGCAUCAAGCCCUCAAAAAUUAUUUUCAUGACUGAUGAUUUAUUAAAAAUCCUAAUAUCCUU